AUGGAUACUAUCCAUCGCUUUGGAAAACGGAAAAGCAAAGCUAUACCAAACAAAGCAAGUCCAAAUAUUGCACCAUCUGUGAUGACUGAAAAUCAAGACGAUGACGAAUCAAUGUUUGAUGCCAUCUCAAAUGAUGAUCAAGCAGUACAAGAUAUGCUGAUCAGUGUCUUUGCGUAUUGGAAGUUAUUGCUCAAACGUUUCAUUGACUAUACGGCAUUAUCUGUACGUGCUGGAUGUGUAUUUGACGUCUGUCCCAGCAUUAAAGCACGUUUAAGAGAAGUUCCGCAAGAACAACCUGAUUUUAUUGAUUUUUAUCUAGCUGAGGAUUCAUUUGUAAGAACCAGACGAAAACAAUUACAACAAACCAAAGAAAGAUUGGAGAAAGUAUAUGCAAUUCUUGGUGGUGGUGGUAUUAAUUUGACAAGUAGUAGCAAGGAUAUGGUUGAAGACCCCAUGGAAAUCAUCGAUUCUUCCUUAAUGACUUUAGAACAAUUGGAACAAGAAUAG